GUGAUUGAGGCCUCAGAUGUGGUUCUGGAGGUUUUAGAUGCGAGAGAUCCAAUGGGCUGUCGGUGUCCCCAGCUGGAGCAAGCCAUUACUUGCUCUGGAGGAGGAAAAAAGCUGUUGUUGGUUCUGAACAAAAUUGAUUUAGUGCCAAAGGAGAACUUAGAGAAGUGGUUGAAUUAUUUGAAGAAGGAAUUUCCAACAGUUGCCUUUAAAUCAGCAACGCUCCUGAAGGACAGGAAUAUGCAGGAGACUUUCUCAAGAAGAAGGGCACGUAUUGAUUUAUCAAGACACACUGAAAGUUUUGGAAGUGAAUGUCUUGUGAAACUUCUUCAGGAUUAUGGCAGGACCCAAAACAAAGCCAUUCAGGUUGGGUUAGUAGGUUUUCCUAAUGUGGGGAAGAGCAGCAUAAUCAAUAGUAUUAAAAAAGAUCGUGUUUGUGAUGUUGGGCCAGCCAGAGGUGUCACCAAGUGCAUGCAAGCUGUGCGUAUUGAUAAACAGAUGAAGAUUUUAGACAGUCCAAGCAUAGUUGCAGAUCCUACCAGCAGUGACUCUGUGACUCUGGCCCUGAGAAGUAUCAUACACACUGGGGAUUCAUGCUCAGUAAAUGUGGUUAAAGCAGUGGAUGCUGUUCUGAAUCACUGCAAUAAGCAGCAGGUAAUGAUGUUCUACAGUAUCCCAGAUUUCAAGAACACUGAAGAGCUUUUAAGUUUACUUGCUCAGAAAAGGGGUAUGCUGAGAAAAGGAGGUGUUCCUGACAUAGAGAACAUAGCUAAAUUACUACUUUGUGACUGGACGGGCGCUAAAAUAAGCUACCACUCAGAACCACCAGCAUCUCAGAUCCUGCCGCCAUACCUUACAGAAGACAAAAUAGCUGAAAUGCAGACGGGCUUUAAUUUAAAGAAGCUAGAAGAAGAAAACAGCAGCACGGUUCAAGCUUUAAAGUACCCCAGUCCAGCAAGCAGCAUUGUUUUCCAAUCAGCUGGCAUGACAAAUGGGAAAAUAGUGAAAAAUAAGGUGGUAGAAGACGAAUCAGAGUGGGAGGACUUGGAAACAAGCAAGGAGGAAGAGGAUUUCAUGGAAACUGACGACGAUCAAGAUAGUGUGGAAGAAGAGAACGAUGUCAAAGAGGAAGGCAGGACUCAGAUGACCAGGAAUGCUGAGCUUGGAAUGGGGCAAACAGGACAUGCACAUUCAGAAAAUGAGAUAGCAGAAAGUGGACUUGCCAAUUCCUUGUCGUUCAGCUUAGACAAGACAGCAGGUGAAGAUGACGCCUAUGAUUUUAAUACAGACUACGUGUAAUGAGACUUGUGAAGAGAGGGCUUGGAGACUAUUCCUGGCUUUCGGAACAGACAGAUUUCUGUUACAGAAGGUGGAGGAAUGCCAUAUACUAUAGCUGCUGCCAAGACUCCAAUCAUGUAUAUAAUACUGCCUCUCUCUCAAUGGUUCCAGCUAUUGUACAGUUGUAGGAAGCUAAAGUCCAAUACAUGAAUUCCUGUUUAAAAAUAAACAAAAUGAAAAUAUUUUUAAAAAUAC